CGCCCGUUGUAUUUACUGCUUGAAUGGUCACUAUUGCUAUAUCACGACACACGAACUAGUGCUCUCCAUAAUCGCCAGCAGUAUUCUGUGUGGCGUCAAACUAACCACACGGCGGCGACGCGGUCACGGUGCCGCGUUCAGCGCUAAUGAGGAGUCAGGUCGCGUCCUACUGUGACACCCAGACGCACAACGACAUCGCUGUGUCAGCUCUACCAACUUCGAUUAGUUCAAAACCGAUACAACAUGCGUACGACUCGUUCUGCAUCCAGAGCUGCUGCCGGGGCCGCUACUACACCGCAACCGAACUCUGCCCCUGUCAAAGAGGCUGCGCCGCCGAAGAAACCGGCCGGAAGGGUCACCAAGCGCAAAGCCCCUGCUACUGAGUCUAACACUGCUAACGUCCCCGAAUCUGAACCAACCAUACCGGCUCAGAGUCCCAAAAAGAGAGCAAAAAAAAUCGAAGCCGAUGGCUCUAAUCCACCACAAGCAAACCCGGGCGCUCACGCCGAGGCUGGUGUCACACCGGUCCUGCUUCCCGCGAAGCUGACGUUCUCCUUUGACGACGCGAAGAAGCAUCUGAUUGAGGAGGAUGCGAGGUUUGAGGAUGUGUUCAGGAGACUACCGUGCAAACCUUUUGAGAAACUGGAGAGAGUCGAGCCGUUCAGAACCCUGACAACAUCGAUUCUGGGUCAACAAAUAUCAUGGCUUGCAGCUCGUUCUAUCAAUCACAGAUUCGUCAGGCUCUACUUCCCUGAUCUGCCUGAGAAGCCCGACGCAGAAUACUGGGCCAAAGCACCUAUCACUUUGUUCCCGACGCCACACCAGGUAGCAGUGACAGACCUCAAUACCCUGAGGACAGCGGGACUGAGUGGGCGGAAGGCCGAGUACGUUCAAGAUCUGGCAGCGCGCUUUGCGGAUGGGCGUCUGUCGGCUGAAAAACUCUUCGAAGCCGACGAUGAAGAACUGUAUGAGUUGCUCACGGCUGUGAGAGGAAUUGGGAGGUGGACUGUGGACAUGUUCGCCAUAUUUUCUCUUCGCCGGCCUGAUAUUAUGCCCUACGGUGACCUCGGAGUCCAACGCGGCGUGAUGCGCUGGUUCCUUUCCCUACACAGCACUUCAUACCGCAUCGACAUCUCCGCACAAAAGCUCCCCAAAUCUCCCAACGAGAACCCAAAAGAAGACAAUGAUAAAGCCACGCCGGCCACACCAGCCACGGCUGCGACUCCAGCGAAUGACCAAUCUACUCAAGUCCUCGACGAAGAUGACGCCUUACCCACCGUCGGACAACAAACUUCCGCCAGAAAAACCAGAGGCAAAAAGUCUGCCGCUCAAUCCCAGACCUCAACCCCCACUCCCGUCUCGCUCACCGCAGCCUCGACACUCAACCUGGAUGCCGCGACGCCCGUCAAGCCACCGAUCGGUGGGAUAGACAUCGAGACACCUUCACAAUUAUUGGGGCCUGGGCUGGGUCUUCCUAGUAUGCCUCCGCAGUUUACACCCUCCAUCAAUGCGACGCUGGAAGGAAGUAGCAAUGGCGGUUUUGCCAAUGCGACGGAUGCGAAGGGGAAGGGAAAGGUUAAUGGUAAGACGGCGAAGAGGCCGUUGCCGGAAGGAUUGACUGUCGGUGGACUGAAGGGAAGGUUGGAUGGCAAGAAGAAAAUAAAGGGCGCAUUCUUGACGCCAAAGGAGAUGGAGGAACUGACGGAGGGGUGGAAACCUUACCGUAGCUUGGGCGUGUAUUAUAUGUGGGCAUUAUCGGAGGAGAAGUAAGCGCGAGGAAGGCGAAAUGAGCUCGGACGGAGUCGUUGUUGGGCCGCAGUGGAAAAUGUUUCUAUUUUGAUACACUAUUUCAAUACCAUUCUUGGG